AAAAAAAAAAGAAGAUAAAACUUCACAUAGUCCAAUAAUGCAUUGGCUUCCCAUUCCCAUCAAUACUUGGCAUCCAUUAUAUUCCAACAACUACAAAAGUCAUGUUGUGUAGGAUUUCGAGAAAAGAUAUUGCAUCGUAGAGAUACAGGGACAGAGUGACGAAGGAGAGAGAGACAGACAGAGAGAUGAAGGGAAGAGAUUCUCAUCUUUUGCCGAGAGGGUCCAGCAGCUACAGCCAUGGCUUCUCUGCAUCUCAGAUGGAAUCACUGGCUGCCAUAUGUGAAGCUCUCAUCCCUCCCCUGCCUCCACAUGCCAUCAGCAGUCAAGACCCACCUAACCAGGCCCUUCAUUCCUUCUACGAAGCUUCUGGGUCUCAACCUCCAAUCCCUGACAAGGUUGCAGAGUUAUUGGUGAAGAGGGGAUUAUCUGAAGCUGUGUUCUUAGUAAGCCAAGUACUAAAGUCUCUUUCGACCAGAUUGGGGACAUUGUUGAUUUGUGGGUUUGUUUGCUUUGAUUGGAGAUGGCCCUUUAUUCACAAGUUCUCUGAAUUAUCCAUUGAGAAGAGAGAAGAUAUUCUCAAAAAGUGGUCAAGGCAAACUUUCCUGGUUCCCUUGAGAUUAGCAUUUGUAAUGCUGAAAAUCAUGUGCUUCUACACCUUUUUCACUUGGCUCGAUGAAACUUCAAAAAACCCAGCAUUGGAAGCAACUGGAUACCAAGUAGAUACCAAAGAACGCCUGAUUAAACCCCAAGAAGAGAGACCUCUUGACAAGGGUGUGAUAGAAACUACAAACGAAAAUGAUUCAACUUUGAUUGAGUCCUUGAUCCAGAAAGGUCUGGAUGCCACAGUGGAUACAAAAAACGGCACCUUCAAUAUCAAAUGUGAUGUCGUAAUUGUUGGUUCUGGUUGUGGAGGAGGGGUCGCUGCGGCAGUUCUUGCAAGCUCCGGUCAGAAAGUUCUUGUCCUUGAGAAGGGCAACUACUUCGUGCCCGAAGAUUAUUCAGGUCUUGAGGCCCCAUCCAUGAAUGAAUUAUAUGAGUCUGGUGGAGUCCUAUCCACUGUGGAUGGCAAAAUCAUGAUCUUGGCAGGAUCAACAGUUGGGGGUGGCUCUUUUGUGAAUUGGUCAGCUUCUAUUAGAACACCAAAUUCUGUUCUUAGAGAGUGGGCUGUGGAACAAAAGAUUCCAAUGUUCGGAAGCUAUGAUUAUCUCCGAGCCAUGGAUGUUGUCUGUUGGAGGAUUGGUGUUACAGAGAACUGUACAGAGGAAGGGUUCCAAAAUCAAAUACUUCGAAAAGGGUGUGAGAAUCUUGGUUUGAAAGUCGAUCCAGUGCCAAGAAACUGCUCUGAGAGUCAUUAUUGUGGUUCUUGUUGUUAUGGCUGUAAAACUGGAGACAAGAAAGGGACUGAUUCUACUUGGCUGGUUGAUGCGGUCAGCAAUGGCGCAGUGAUCCUAACAGGUUGCAAAGCAGAGAGAUUCAUCUUGGAGAAUGAUCUUAUUGGAAGCAGAAGAAAGAGAUGCAUGGGAGUGAUUGCUUCCAUCGUGAGCAAAAACAUCACAAAAAAGCUGCAUAUUGAGGCAAGGAUCACAGUUUCAGCAGGUGGGUCCCUCUUGACACCCCCUCUGAUGAUCUCAAGUGGACUGGAGAACCAUAAUAUUGGCAGAAACCUUCAUCUCCACCCUGUUCUUAUGGCCUGGGGAUACUUUCCAGAAUCUCUUUCAGGCAUCAAAGGCAAAAAUUAUGAGGGAGGAAUCAUCACUUCAAUCCAUAAAUUGGCAUCUGAAGAAUAUAGUAUCCAGGCCAUUGUGGAAGCUGCGGCGGUGGGGCCCGGAUCAUUUGCUUCAUUGUUUCCAUGGGUUUCAGGGCUUGACAUGAAGGACAGGAUGACAAAAUUUGCAAGAACAGCAAAUCUUUUUUCGUUAGUGAGAGAUAAGGGAUCAGGAGAAGUAAAAGUUGAGGGUAGGAUAAGUUAUCGGCUAGACAGGGUUGACAAAGAAAAUCUCAAAAUGGGACUGAGGCGUGCUUUGAGGAUUUUAGUCGCGGCUGGAGCUGUUGAAGUGGGAACCUACAGGAGUGAUGGACAGAGAUUUAAAUGUAAAGGGGUUAAGGAUGGCGAUUUGGAGGAGUUCUUGGACACGGUUAAUGCAGUUGGAGGACCAAAGUCGGGUGAAGAGUACUGGACCAUGUAUGCCUCUGCACAUCAGAUGGGUAGUUGCAGGAUGGGUGCUACCGAGGUAGAUGGUGCAGUUGAUGAGAAUGGAGAGACUUGGGAAGCCAAAGGUUUAUUUGUAUGCGAUGGCAGUGUGCUUCCAAGUGCUGUUGGGGUCAAUCCCAUGAUUACCAUACAAUCAACAGCUUAUUGCAUCUCAAAGAGAAUUGCAGAAUACUUGAAGAAAGGAAAGUUCUUUUAGACGGUUUCUUCUCAUUCUUGUUUCUUUAUUUGUGUUUAAUGUAAUUUUUUUGUGGGUAUUCAUGCGCCAUUCUCACUACUCCUCUCUUUUUUUUUUUUGUCUGGGAAAAUAUUUCCCUUACUUACAAAGAGGUUAUUGUAAUAAUUC